AUGAGCAAGAGCGCUGUUGUUCUUCAUGCCCUCAACAACUUGACCGUUACCAGAUUCGUGGAAGACGCGACGUCGUUUGAGAAAUGCAGCAAGGAAUGUUUCGGUGCGCUUGAUGCGGAUGGCAAGGGAGGCUUGUCGAGGGAAAAGCUCCGUGCAGGGUUUGGUAAGCUGUUGCCGGGCAUAGGGUACGUGUCACAGCCCAAGGACGAGAUCAACGUUCUGCAUGAUGCGAUAUUUGAGAGAUUUGAUGCGGAUAAAAAUGGUGUGAUUGAUUGUCAUGAGUUCAAGUCCCUGUUGAUGGAGACCAUGCUCGCCGUGGCACGAGGGAUUGGCGGUUCGCCAGUUCUUGUGGCACUUGAGCAUGGCAGCCUCCUUAGGAAAGCGGCUGAACAUGAACAAUCUCGAACAUCCAACUAG